AUGGCCUUACCAAAAAGCACCCAAAUAAUAACUAAUAAAUUUGAACAAAAGAAUGUACAUCUCGAACACAAAGAUGUUAAAAUUCAUUUCAAGCCAUGGAAAGAUAAAUCAUCUUCAGAUGAUGUAUGGUUAACGGUUGAACAAGGUGUUAGCAGGCAAAUUUUUGUUAAUGCUGAGUGUUUUCGUUACUUAUUUGUUGAUCAUGAAGGUAAAGUAGAUGUUACCGUAGAGGCCGAAGAUAUUUUAGGAUAUUUCGACAGAAAUUUUAUAGGAUUGGGACUUGAUUUCUGGUUGGAUAGGUUAGAACCAGUCAUUGCUCAAUUUGUCUCCACUUAUAAGGGAGACGUUGACGAAAAAUUUUGGAGCAUAGCUCUUUUCGAUGUUCCUUACCUUAGUGGCUUGCCAACUCCUUCUUGGAAUGGAUGGAUAGGUUUUUUCGGUGCUAGGCAGGAUAAGGUUAACGAAGAAUAUGUAGUUUCACCUGUUAUUGGUUGGAACAUUGUUGAUAUUGAUAACAAAUGCUGUCCUUUAAAUAAAUGA